AUGGCGUCUGUAGCUUCGUGUUUAGCUGGAUUCUUCAUGGCCUUUCUUCUCUUACAGAUCACCGUACUCACCCAAGCUAUGAGCUUGGAUAUACAGAUUAACAUUCAGGUUCCAGAUGCAGAAGGGGUACUGGUGGAGUGUACUUCAGGAAGGUUGAUCCCACCUGCUGAGAUGACAUGGAGAGACAGCAAGGGGAAUAUAAUUCCACAUUCAUCAAAAUUUGACUCUCAGGAUGGAUUAUUGUACUUGAAGAGCAGCAUUCUUCUGAAGAACAGAACACAUGGUCCUGUUACUUGUUCCAUUUACAAUGUAACUACUAAUCAAGAGAUAAAAAGAAGCAUUGUUCUACCAGAUGUCCUCUUCAAACCAGAGUAUAUGUCAUUGAUGUCAAACAGACCUUCAUAUCCUGUAAUAUAUUUGACCAUUAUACUUGUUUUAUAUUGUCUCAAAGCAAUACUUGUUUGUUGUCUCAAGUGGAAAACAUGUGAAUUCAUGAGAGGUACUUGA